AAUAUAUAGAGAGAGAGAAAGAGAGAAAUUUAUGUCUAAUAUGAUGCAAGAAAAUUUACAUUAUAAAGAUGACCCAAAUGAUUUUUUAUUUUAUUUUUUCAUUUCUAUUAAAAUUCUCACCUUAAAAGUAACUUACCAACUGGUGGUUGCAUGGAGUAUUCCUCAAUAGACUUGAAGUUGAAGAUACAUCUUAAAAAUACCAAGAAAAACUGCCACUAAACUCAAAUGAAGAAGGAAACAGCCCAGUUGGUCUCUUUCCUUAUGCCCAUUAAGCUCUUUUCCAGAAAUGAUCCAACCAUCUGUGAUUGAUCGCAGAAUUCAAUACAUAUUCCCUGUAGCAUUAGCUUCCAUACUAGUCCUGGGAACUGCAAGGUUUGUUCUAGAUAAUCUGAAGAGCAACCAGAGCCACAUCUUUAAACAGUAUGGAGGAAGGCAAGAAGAUGGAGAUCAUGGUAAAAAGACAGUCUUUGUUUUGCCUGAAGAUAGAUUUGAAAAGAGGUGCAAUGUGUUUGAAGGGAAAUGGUUGUGGGACAAUGUGACUUAUCCUCUUUACAGAGAAGAGAGUUGUCCUUACUUGGUCAAACAGACUACUUGUCUUAAAAAUGGUAGACCUGAUUCUUUCUACCAGAAUUGGAGGUGGAAGCCAAAUCAAUGCAAAUUGCCAAGAUUUGAUCCACUGAAGCUACUAGACAUUUUGAGGGGCAAAAGAUUGAUGUUUAUAGGGGACUCAGUGCAGAGAGGCCAAUUUGAAUCAAUGGUGUGUAUGGUGCAAUCUGCAAUUCCUGAUAAUAAAAAAACCUUUCACAGGAUUCCACCAAUGAAGAUCUUCAAAGCUGAGGAAUACAAUGCAUCAAUAGAAUAUUACUGGGCUCCUUUCAUUGUGGAGUCAGUUUCAGAUCAUGCAACAAAUCAUACAGUACAUAAAAGGCUGGUAAACCUUGAAUCCAUAGCUAAACAUGGCAAGACUUGGGAAGGAGUUGAUAUCUUGGUGUUUGAGAGCUAUGUAUGGUGGAUGCACAAGCCUCUUAUUAAUGCUACAUAUGGAUCACCUGAUGAUAUUCAAGAGUAUAAUGUUACCACUGCAUAUAAAUUGGCACUUGAAACAUGGGCAAAUUGGCUAGAAUCCAAUAUUGAUCCUCGGAAGCAGAAAGUUUUCUUCAUGAGCAUGUCUCCAACACAUUUAUGGAGUUGGGAAUGGAGACCUGGAAGUGAUGAGAACUGCUUCAAUGAAUCGUACCCAAUAGAAAAACCAUAUUGGGGCACAGGUUCAAAUCUUCAUAUCAUGAAGAUUGUUAGUGAUGCCUUGCAAAAAUUAAAAAUCGAUGUCACUUUCUUGAAUAUUACACAGCUGUCUGAAUAUAGGAAAGAUGCUCAUACUACAAUUUAUGGAGAACGCAAGGGUAAGCUCUUGACCAGGGAGCAAAGAUCUGACCCAAAAAAAUUUGCUGAUUGUAUUCACUGGUGUUUACCAGGAGUUCCUGAUACCUGGAAUGAGAUUCUAUAUGCACAUUUGUUACAGAGUCAUCAGAUAUUUUUGUAACUUUUGACAAUGAGAAAUUAGACAUUGUGAUCUUUAUAGACAAAGAUUGUUUCUGUUGAAGAUCGAAGUUGCAGAAGCUCAGCACAGAGAAGUUGAAUAUUAUUGCAGCUUAUCAGAUCAGAAUCUAAAUUAUUAUUCUAUACUUCUGUACUAAAAAGAGGGAGUCCUCAACUAUAAUUAUUCAUAAGGUGUGUUAUCAUUUACCUGAACAAGAGGCUACCCAAACCAGCCAGUGGCUGUUAACAAAAUACAGUUUUGGAGUUAUUUACAGAAGCUCCCAUUCACAGUCAA